CUUACUUUCAACUCACAAACCCAACCUACUCGAGACAUCCCAUUUAUCACGAAACUGAUCGUUGCUCUCCAUAGAGACAGUCUGAAGAUUCGACGUUGAUACAGAAGGUGAUCCAACUCCCCUCCAAUACACGACCUCCCCUUUUCUAUUCAGGUUCAUCCAGGGAACAAGGGAAACCAACAAACCAUUCUACCACCAUGUCGGGCCUCGACGUAGAAGCUUUACUCGAAUCGACCGCGGCCCCAGCCCAGGACACCCCACGCUCUCAAGAACCCGAUGACCGUUCCAAGGCCGACAGCAGCGAACGCCGCGAUCGCUCGCGCGACCGAGAGCGCCGGCGUCGCGACCGCAGCCGACGCGACGCCGACGGGGACGAGGACAUGAAGAGCCCGAAGAGCGAACACGGCAGUGCUAACGGAAGCCAUAGAAGCAGAAAGAGGAGCAAGAGCCGUGACAGUCGGAGGUCCCGUCGCGACCGUGACGAUUACCGCUCCGGCGGCGGCGACUUCUACCGUGGAGGUGGCCGGGCCCGCACCCGCUCGCGGUCCCCCUUUGACGAUCGCUACUAUCGCCCUGGGAGUGGCCGGUCUCGUCGUGACGAGCGGGACGAGGAUAGACGAUCGCGACGUGAACGCAGACGCUCCCCGAGCCCCCGUGACAAGACCCCGCCUUUGAAUGAAGACGAGCGUGACAGGCGCACGAUUUUCGUACAGCAGCUUGCUGCGCGGUUGAGGACGAAGGAGUUGAUUGCUUUCUUUGAGAAAGUUGGUCCUGUUAAGGAGGCUCAGAUCGUCAAGGAUCGUGUCAGUGGAAGGUCUAAGGGUGUCGGUUAUGUCGAAUUCAAAAACGAGGAAUCCGUCGCCAGUGCUAUCCAGCUUACAGGACAAAAGCUUCUAGGAAUCCCAAUUAUCGCUCAGUUGACUGAAGCGGAAAAGAACCGCCAGGCUCGCAACCCCGAAGCCAGCAGUGGGAGCAAUCACGCUGCCCCCUUUCAUAGGUUGUACGUGGGUAACAUCCAUUUCAGCAUCACUGAGAGUGACCUCCAGAAUGUAUUUGAGCCGUUUGGCGAGCUUGAGUUCGUCCAACUGCAAAAGGAUGAAACCAACCGGAGCCGCGGUUAUGGUUUUGUACAAUUCCGCGAUCCCAAUCAGGCUCGAGAAGCGCUCGAAAAGAUGAAUGGUUUCGAUCUUGCUGGUCGAGCGAUCCGCGUUGGCCUUGGCAACGAUAAGUUCACCCCUGACUCGAACGCACAACGCAUGCAGAGCCAUGGUGCAAACCAACCGAAUUUCCAGGGCUCUUCGUUCUCUGGCCAGGGAGGACGUGGCGUCCAGGCCGGCGGCACCAACAACUUCGACCGUGCUGGAGGUCGCGAAACCGAAAAAGGAGCCGGCGCCAGUGCGUUGGAUGACACGGACGUUGCCGGUGUGAACUUCAACAACUACAGUAGGGACGCAUUGAUGAGGAAGCUUGCAAGAACAGAUGAACCUGCGGAGCCCACCGCCGAUAAUAAGCAGAAAGUGCUUCGCCCUAAGACAGAAACCAAGCCGUUACCCGUCAAUGUCAACAUGGCGAGUCGAUGUGUUAUGCUUCGCAAUAUGUUUGAUCCUUCUGAGGAAGAAGGUGACACCUGGGGUAAAGAGUUGGAGGAUGACGUCCGCGCUGAGUGCGAAGAUAAAUAUGGCCAUGUUGUUCACAUUGCACUAGAUCCCAAUUCCCAAGGCGAUAUCUACUUGAAAUUCGACCGAGUCCAGGGUGGUGAGAACGCCAUCAAGGGCCUGAACGGACGGUUCUUCGGUGGAAGACAGAUUACCGCUCAGCCGGUCGUCGACGCUGUCUACAGCAGUCUGUUCUCCCGGACUAAGGCGAUCUAGUGCUGACCAGAUGGCAACGCAGCCUACCAAGAUUUUUCUCCCAUGGUAGGUAUUCAUCUAAUUGUUAUUAGGUGCGACCUUCGUGCUGGUAGAGCCCACACACUGCCUGCCCUUUGUUUACUAUCAUGGCCCCCGUUUGAGCUGCACCGCACCGACGUGGUGCUUCGCUUGGCUUGGCUUGGAUGACACUACCCCUGGUAGGUGGCAGUCCUUUGCUCUUUCGCUCUUCGUGGUCGUCUAUAGCCGAAUGGCUUUGUUUGCAAUGAUAUGUUUAUAGGUGUUUGUACAUUCAUAGCGAAAGCAAUUUAUUUUCUGGAAUUUGA